AUGGAAAUCUCACAAUCGCUUGAUUAUGACGUUGUAAACAUUGUUUCACUUUGGGAUAUUGGAAAGUUGACUGUGAUAAUAGAUAACACAAGACGUAAAAAGAGAUACAACGCUCAAGUGAUUAGAAAGGGAGGUGGAGUUUUCUUGGUUUUUGCUUCCGGUAAAGUUGUUGCCACAGGAUUCAAGUCAGUAGCAUUACCCGGAUCAUUAUUACAAGAGAUAUAUCCAGAAAAAGAUGUUAUAUUCAAAAGGGUGAUAAACAUAACUGCUCAUAGCUUUCUACCAUAUGGAUUUAAUACCACUGCUCUUAUCGAAAGAUAUCAAGAUACAACAUAUAAACCGGAAAUAUAUCCAGCAGUUUAUAUCAGAUUACAUGAUGUAACCUUGAUUUACUAUACAACAGGCUCUAUCAUAGUGACGGGUGCAAAAGAAAAACAUCAUAUUGAUCUUGCGCUGAGUGAAUUCUGCUCCCGCACUGCAUCAAUAAAAGUAUAA